AUGAAUGCAGAAUGCGGGAAGAAAAGCGUUCUCUUUGUAUGCUUAGGCAACAUCUGUCGGUCACCGAUGGCUGAAGGAAUUUUUUUGAAUCUCAUCAAAGAGAAAGAUCUUGUGGGUAAAUGGACUGUGGAUAGUGCUGCGAUUAUCAGUUUUCAUGUUGGUAAAUCUCCAGAUAAAAGGACGAUGACAACACUGGCUAAUCAUGGGAUAACGGAUUACAAACAUAAAGUUCGCCAGGUGACUGACGCUGAUUUUCAUGAAUUCGACUAUAUAUUUGGUAUGGAUGAUGAAAACAUUGAAGAUCUAGAAAAUUUACGAGGAAAUAUAAAAAGCAAAGCAACUGUCGAAUAUCUAGGCAAGUAUGAUCUGGAGGGUGAUUUGGUCAUACCGGACCCUUUUUACAGUCGCGGAAUGCAAAUGUUUGAAAGGAAAAUGCCAGGUUUUGAUUCACGGAUAAUGUACCUGAUAAUGAGGUCUGAUCUUAUCACUGAUUUAAAAUGGUCGGUCGGUGCAGUUGCAACACAAGCUGCACAUGCAGCAACUGCAUGCAUAUGGACAUUUCGUCAAGAUAGUGAAGUAAUGGAAUAUAUGAAUGAUAUCUCUCACUUAAGGAAAGUUACGCUGAAGGUACCGAACGAGAAUGAAUUGCGAAAUGUCGAGAAGAGGCUGCAGGAUAGUAAUGUUGAUUAUUACUUAUGGACGGAAGACAGUAUGGCUAUGUGUAUUGCCCUCAAACCACAAUUCAAAAGCUUUAUUGAACAACAUGUGAAACAUUUGAAACUUUUUUAA